CUCACUGAAAACUGAGGCCAACCUAGAAGUGUUAAAGUCAAUACCUAGUGAAAAAUUAAUGAUAGAGACUGAUGCUCCUUGGUGUGGAGUCAAAAAUACUCAUGCAGGAAUAAAAUAUGUAAGAACUUUAUUUCCCACAAAAAAGAAAUGGGAAAGUGGGAGUUGUUUGAAGGACAGAAAUGAACCUUGUAACAUUAUUCAGAUUCUGGAGAUAAUAGCAGCAGUAAGAGACGAUGAUCCACUUGAAUUGGCCAAUACACUGUAUAACAACACCAUUAAAGUCUUCUUUAAAGACAUGUAAAGCAGCCAUUUGUCAUGUGUUUCAUUGUGUAUGUAAAACUGCAUGGUAAAACUUAGUAAACCUUCAAUAAAAGUAUGAAACUUAUCUAAA